AUGUCUGUUCUCAGCGAAAUUUUCAAGUUUGAAGAUGAAAAUAAGAAAAUCAAGAUACUCAAACCAUUAUGGAAUGUAAUUACAGAUUAUCUUGUGGUAUUUUUGGCAGUGAUGUCCAUAGUAUUCGGGGGUAUGCAAAUUACAUCUGGCAAUUUCCAGUGUUUGGCUGCCGUGGAUUGCCCAGGUAUUACAAGAUCAAAUAUGAGCAGCUCCUUGUUGUCACAUAUUAAAUAUGGUAAUGUUUGUAAAGCAUUUUACAGUUCUCAGAAAACCAACAUUAUAAAAAGAACGGACGUCGUGACCGACCUUAAAAGCAGUCUUUAUUAUACCAAUUUUGUCAAUUUGGAAUGCAGUAAAAGCGCUAUUCCUGACUUUCUUCUCUACUUUUGGUUUGCAAUAUUUAUUCAAGCAUUUAUCCUCGUCAUACUUAAUAAUCUUUAAUUGAUUUUAAUAAUUACCACAUUGUAAAUUAAUAAAAAUUUAAAAAACGUGAUAUUACAUAGAUAGUAUUAAAAUUUUUAAAUUUGCAAAAAGUUCAAUUUAAAACUACUAUAAUAUAAACUAUAUUAAUGAUAUGUACUAUAAAAUAUUUUGUUAUGUCUAUGGUUGGUCCCAGUUUCUAACACACUUUGGGAUAAAACUGUUCUUAUAUCGUUCAGUUUUGCACUUAUACAUAGGAUAAGUGCGUUUAUUUCUUAGACUGAAUUUGUGAGAUAUAGCACUGGGAAGUAGCGUUCUCAACUUAUCGUCUGAGUGUUGAUGGAUAUUCUUAUAGAAUGACAAGCACUGAUUCUCUCUUCGCUGGUAAAGUGUAAGAAAGCCAGUGUUUCUUAGUGAGGUAGUAUAGGAGGACUGGGGGAAAGCGAUUUUCAAUGCACGUUUUUGUAUACUCUCGAUUUGAUCAGCGAGGAAUUGAGGGAGAAAAAAAUGCCAUACAGGUGAGGCGUAUUCCAAAACUGGACGAAUAAAUGCACAAAAGACCGUUAUUAAAUCAUUGGCUGGGGCACCAGAUCGUUUGAGGAUCCUUAGAGCAUAAAGACGUUUACUUGCUUUGGUGCAGAUGUAAUCAAUGUGCGCAUUCCAGGUAAGAUCCGAUGAUAUUAUCACUCCCAGAAGUUUGAAGGUCUGGACGAUUUCUAUGUUUAAACCAGAUGAAGAGAGGGCAUCGAAUACCAUAGGGACUCUAAGAAAGGAUAUACGCAGUUCUUUGGUUUUAGAUACAUUAAGCCGCAUGUUGUUGUGAUUGGUCCAGUCAUUUAUAGUGUUUAUAUUAGCUUGAAGCGAUGAAGUAAGGGACGAUCUUGAAACGAUUUCGUAUGUGGAGCAGUCAUCGACAUAUUUGUACAUUGGAGUGUUGGUUUGCAAGUCAUUUAUCAUCACAAGGAAGAAGAGGGGUCCAAGUUUUGUACCUUGUGGAACCCCUGCAUUUAUUUGUCGCCAUGUUGAUUUAUUCUGGCCAAGCUUGACACGUAAAUAUCGGUCAUGCAGGAACUCAGCGCACCAAUUCAACAAGAUAGGAGGGAUGUUGAGUUGUUGUAAUUUAUGAAGUAAAAUAUUGUGAUCGAUGCGAUCAAAGGCUUUCGAAAAGUCAAUCAUACAACAUCUGAUAGUUGAACCAGGGUUUUCUAAUUCGGCUAGCCAGUUAUGGAUCAUGUGGAUAAGAGCGUGUGUGGUGGAGCAAUUUUUCAUAUUUCCGAACUGGAGCGGGUCGAUUGAUGGUUUAAUAUAACCAAAAAGCCAUCGAAAAACAAAGCUUUCCAAUAAUUUACUCAGCACCGGUGUGAGAGAAAUAGGUCUUAGGUCGCUAUCAACUGAUUUGGGAUUAGAUAUUUUUGGCGCUGGGAUAACGUCUGCUGAUUUCUGUGGCUUAAACUCCCUCAUACUGCGUCAGUUAUUGAAAAUUUUGUAUCCCUUGUGAUAGAAUGUUAUGCUUCACCAUUCCCAAAUUUCGUGUCAACGCAAACUCGAGUUGAUCAGCAGCCAGAUAGCACGAAUAGCGAAACGGCAAGGCUCGUCCCUGACAAUAACCAACCUCACGAAUUCGAUAACAUCUCGCAGAAUUCUUCAAGACGUCAUGCAGAUGAUCAACCGCGCGAUACCGACGCUGCAGAAAUGCUCGCCUCUAACAAUGAUGGUAACCAACCGUACAAUUUCAAUAUCUUACAGGAUCCUGCAACUAUCAGUGCGGUUAAAACUUUGUAUGAAAAGGUACAUACAUUCAAGGAAAAUGUUGAAUCGUCUCAGAAAAUAUGGCGGUUAUAUUUGCUUCAAACUGUACUUCAAGCUUCAUUCGCGAUCGCAUCCUUCGUUUUUGAUAUUUACUUCAUGAAGGACUUAAAAGGAACAAUGACCUGUACACUUAAUCAACACAUCCCUGUGGCUCAUGAUUAUUUCAUUUGUUCACAUAACCUGGCGCCUACCUAUGAUUGGGGAUUGAAAGUGGUAUAUCUUCCAACGUUAGCAUUCGCUUUUGCCAUUUUUAUUUUUACCAUUGCAUGGACGUUUAAAAGAAGAGGUAAAAACAAAUUUAAAUAUGACUUCAAAAAUAAACAUUUGCCUUCGCCGGUAGCAAGUAUGAUGACUGAUAUUCCUGGAGUGGAUAAAGACUUUGGUUUUCUUCUGCACUCAUUGCACUCCUACAAUAAAUUAUAUGUAGUCCGAUUCGCCCAUUUUUUGUCUGAAAAUAACAAAAAGAAAUUUCAAAUUUUUCAAGCAAAAAGAAAUAAUCCUUUGA